AUCCCCAAAACAAUCAGUGAAGUGACAGGACCGAGGAACCAGAGCCUGCACGGUGUGGUCAACUUACCGGAAACCGUCAAGUAAUAAACCGACACCGGAAAUACCCUCGCGCAGCUCCGCCAUCCGUGUCAGGUAGAAGAAGCGAGCAGACCGGGAGCAACACCGACAGGCUGCAGCUGCUGAAGAGCACCAUGCCGCGGACACGAUUCAUAAACAUGCAGCUGUUACUGAUAAUGGCCAUGUCGGUGAUCUAUUUUUCGGGGAUGGCCGGUGCUCAGCCCGCCUGUGAUCCGCUCACUCAAUAUGAGCGGAAUGGCGGGUGCUGCAAAAUGUGUGCUCCAGGGACCAGGAUGUCGUCCCUCAGGACUUGCCUGGAUCCUCAGUGCACAGAAUGUGGAGACAAUGAGUAUCGGGAUACAUACACAACUGAACCGAGGUGCCGACGUCAACCGUACUGUGACCCACAUAAAAACUUUGGUGCCAUUGUCCAUAAGAGCAAGAGCCAACGAAGCGCCUGUGAGUGUAAACUAGGAUUCCACUGCUCGAGUGGGGAAUGUAUAACCUGUGUGCCACACGCGCUCUGUGAGCCGGGACACGGCGCUCGCUCCAUAGGCAAUCAUACGCAGAACACAGUGUGUCAGAAAUGCACAGAAGGCACAUUUUCCGAAGACGAGUCAUGGAACGGCGUCUGUGAGAAAUGGACAGAAUGUUUGGAGGGACACAGCGUUGAACAAAGCGGAACAGACGUAUCUGACAACAUCUGUGAGGAAACCUCCCGGUCACAUGCAGUUGUGUGUUCUGUGAUUGUGUUUCUCUUUGUGGUUACAUGUGCUUGUGGGUGUUGUCUAUGUAAAGGGGAUGCGAAAGGCAACGUGAAGGUCUGUGUUGAAUUAUGUCUGGGAGACAAAAAGGAGCCACUGAGAGAAACCAAAGUGCUGAUAACAAACCCAACUGAUGCUAUUGAGGAAGAGUCGCUGGUUCCUGACCGCCAGUCCUCUCAAGAGGAGGCUGAUGUGAGGACACCGGAGGAAAACGAGGACGAGCUCAGCCAAGAGCUGUCAGAGCAUUAUGUUCUCACUGACAAUGGAAACUUUUUGACUCAGGAGGAUGGGAAGUCAGCCGUCCUUUCCCGAGAGGAAUCUCAAACGCAGACUUUACAGACUGAAACCAGCUGCGGUCACUCCGAUCGCUGGUGAUAGCAUGAACAUAGGAAUGUAACCUGUUGGGUUAUUCUGCCCUAUGUUGUACAUAAUUCCCCCCUUAAGAUGUAUAUAGUGCCUUUUAAGUGUUAAUCAAUAAAUGUAACUCAUUUGAUAAUAAUGUAGUGUAACCAAUUUAGGAGGUAAAUACUACUGUGUGUGUGUGUGUGUGUAGGAAUGCACAUUUUCUAAAAUGACAUACUUGUACAACAUGGAAAUCUUAUAUAAAUUUUUUUUUUAAAUUGAAGUCGGAUUAAAAGGCCUGCCACUUCAAUGUU